ACCAACAGAUGGCGUCGUGGUGAGUGUGAGGGGAAAUGAGUUAUUGGGCAACGGGACGUGUGUGAAGUUGGCAGAGAAGACGUGAAGUGACCGAGUGAUUGGAUUGUGGAUUUGGAGUGAAUAAAGGAAAGAUAAAGAAGUAAAAAGACAAUACAGUGUGUUUCAAUGGGAUUGAGGGUGCCACAAACUGGCGAUUGAGUUAAAAUCUUUGGUAAGUAAGUGGGAAAGUCGGCCAAAAUAGUUGAAAAAAUCAAGAAAUUGCAUGUCAUGACAGAUGAUUUUCAAGACCCUCGGAAAAAAACGGGGAUUUUGGGGGUAUAAAAGAGCAAAAACAAGUUCUUACAUAGUUAAUGGGCUCAUGAGGGGGCUUAUAAAGUAGUUUAGGGAACUCCCGGAAGAGAAGAGAGGGUUAUGAAACGUUUUUCUAGUGAGAAUUCUGGAAAGGAGAUUGAUGACAUUUUAUUCAGGAGAUGAGAUUAUAGUUGACACGGUCAACAAAUAAAAUUUAUUAAUUACGAUUUAAAUUAAUGAAAAAAAAAGAAUAAUAAAAAAAGGAACGCAUUAGAUAAAAGCAAAUUAAAUAAGGGUGUUCUAAGUAUAAAAUAUUAGAAAGAAAUUGAAAGAAAGUUGACAAAAAUCCUUGGUUGCACGAAAACAAAAGAGAAAUUUUGUUGUAUUAAAAGCAAUAGGGUUCUAAAUUAAAGAACAUAAAAUGAUACUAUUGCAUUGGAAAAGAUUAGACACAAUAGGAUUCUAAAAAGAAUAUUAAAUGAUACUAUUGUGUUAGAAAGAGAGGAGGCACGAUAGGAUUCUUAAAAGAAUAUUGAACGAUACUAUCGUGCGUGUUGGAGAUGAAAUGAAAUACAAUAGGGUUCUGAAAAUAAAGAAUACUAAAAUGAUACUAUUGUAUUGGGAAAGUUAGGUGACAGGUGGAUAGAAGAGUCUGUAGAAAAUCAAAUGAUACUGUCAAGAAGUGAUCUAUUGCUAGAGUUUAUCAAAGAAUAAACAUAAAGGAUACUAGCUUUAGAAGUAGAUUGAGAAUAAAACAAUGAAAUUAAGACGUUGAGAUUGGAAAUAUGGAAAAUUUUUUCUAUUUCUAGAAUCGAGACGCAAAUGCUUGCUAGAAUGCAGGAGAUUUAUACUACGAUACCGCCGUUCAAAUGUGCGGCGAUACCUCGUUCGGAGAGGAGAGAUAAGUGGCUACAGUGGAAGAGAGGUUUCCUAAGUGUGGCUGCUACUUGCGGAGAAGAUAAUAAGACGAAGCUAAAGCAUAUGCUUUUGAGAUGUGGAGGAUUUGAGCUCCAAAACGUAUUUUAUCAGAUUGACGGAGCAGAUGUUGAUGAAAAAGAUGAUGGAUUAGUUGAUCCAUACAAGGUUGCUCUUGAGAAACUGGAUGACUAUUUCAUGCCACAAAGACAUGAAUCUUAUGAUAGAUGGAAAUUCUGGCAGAUUAGGCAGAAUCCGGGGGAGGAUUUAGAAGACUGUAUUAUGCGAGCACAAAUUCAGGCAAAUAAAUGCAAGGUGGGAAAUUCAGAGCAAGAGAACGAAUGA